UAGCAACUGGAUGCAGGGGCCAUGGCACUCCUAACACCCCAGGGAGUGAAAAGAGUCUUCCAAUUUCAGAAACCAGAAGGUCGGGAGCACCUGAGGAGCCUGCUGAACUGGGAAGAGUUUGACGAACUCAGAGACGCCCGCAGAAGCAUCCUGCUGGACACCCUCUAUGACAGCAUCAUCUUCGCUGCGGGCAAAGGCUUCCCGUGGGUGGAGGUGGCCAAGGUGGUCAAAUUCACAGAAGAGCUGCUCAAGGAAACCAAAGGCUGCUCCAUCACUGAGGCUGUGAUGACCCUGGGGAACAAGCUCAGAGACUAUCAGGGGCAGUUCAACACCAGCCACCUGCUGGCCCUGUGCGACUACUUCCACAACACCUUCCUCCGCCACUACAGACUCUACCAGUAUGUCCUGGGCCAGGACCAGGAUGUCAACCUGACCGUCACUCACCUGGAGGUGUGUGUGCCUCCUCAGCCCCUCCCGCUGGCCGAGGGCAAGGACAGGGACGUCUGGAAGCAUGAGCAGCAGGUGGCGGAGCUCAGCCUGGGCGAGGAGCAGAAGCGCACCAACAUGCUGCUCCUGAAGGAGGCGCUGCGCCUGGAGCAGGAGCACCUGCUGCAGAGGACGCUUUCAGAGGGGCCGGUGCGACACGGCCAGGCUCUGAAGAGAGAGGAGUUAGGAGACCUCAUCAACAAGGCCAUCCACAUCCAGGUCAAGUGCCUGAGGGAGCUGCUGCAGUACGAGAUACAGGUCACCUUUGAUAUUUUGGACCUGAAACUUCAGAAGAAGAUACUCAACCUCAACGCUCCCAUCCCUCUCCCACUCCCAACCACCAGCCCGCCAGGCCAGGAUGCAUCUCCUAAGUUGCACAAAGCAAACAAAGGAAAGAAAGCAAAAGCGAAGAAGAAGUAG